CUAAUUAGUACAAGAUGAGGUGUACCUGAGAAGUGAGGGUGUCCUGGUCAGGUUCUGGUACCCUGAUGUUAGAGAGGCCCUCACAGGGACUGAGAAAGUCCAGCAUCACCGGGGGAGAUGUUAGAGAGGCCCUCACGGGGGCUCAGAAAGUCCAGCAUCACCGGGGGACGUUAGAGAGGCCCUCACGGGGGCUUAGAAAGUCCAGCAUCACCGAGGGAUGUUAAAGAGGCCCUCACGGGGAGUUAGAGAGGCCCUCACAGGGACUGAGAAAGUCCAGCAUCACCGGGGGACAGAUACUAGACACUUCUGUUAGAGAGGCCCUCACAGGGACUGAGAAAGUCCAGCAUCACCGAGGGAUGUUAGAGAGGCCCUCACGGGGACUGAGAAAGUCCAGCAUCACCGGGGGACAGAUACUGGACACUUCUAAUGUCUUCAUACACAGAGAGCUGUUGAGUAGUGAGUCCUUGCUGGCCAAGAUGUUCUGUAGGACAGCUCUGAUAAAACUGAUCGACCACUGUAACUCCCCAGCUAUUGAGAUUGUCUCCUGUUCUGCCAGUCUCGGCUCAGGAAUGGCUGCCAGUGCUACCCAACAGUUAGACAUUGAAAACCUGUAAUUAUUGUCCAAUGAACUUUUAUGUCCACCUUUAACCCAUGGCACUGUCAUAGCAACAAAUCUGACAACUUCACCCUCAUUGGUCCAGUGCUUAGCCAAUCAGAUGAGUUCUCUUACGAAGAUAUUGUUUAAAGAUGAGGAUAAGUUAACGAGAGAGCUGGCUGUCACCAUUGCUAGAGCUGCCAAUCAAGGAGAGGAUUAUUUGAUUGAAUUGACAACCCAGAUCUGCAUAAUUAUGC